AUGAUAUUUAAAUCGAAAAGUGGAUAUAUUUUUGGUGGAUUUUCUCCAUGUAAAUGGCAAUAAUAAUAAUACAAAAGUUAGUCUAUAAAUGAUGAUUCACUAUCAUCUUUUAUAUUUUCAUAAACUCAUGAUUAAAUCUAUCCAUUAAAAUAAGCUUAAAAAUUUUAUGCAAUUUGUUGUUCUGCUAAUAAUGGAUUAGCUUUUGGGAGAGAUUUAGUUAUUGAUUCAAAUUUUUAGAAUGGCUCUUCAUAUUUGGGAGAAACGUAUUAUUGGGACGACUAAUAUAAAUAAAAUGAUCAGAAGAUACAUUUAUUUGGAUCGUUAACUCCAAAUAUAACAGAACUAGAGGUAUAUGAAGUAUAUUGA